AGCGCCAUCGCGGGCUCCGCUCCCGGCUGCCUUUUUUACUAUCGGGAAGGAAAAAUGAUGUAAAAUUAUUGGUGGCUAACAUGGCACGAGAACUCUGUUAUAUACUGGUAUACUUGGUGAGCGCCGUGAGGGAAACAGCAAGCAACGCUGAUACAAAACGUCUCUACCACGACUUGAUCAAUGGGUAUAGCUCACUCAUCAGACCCGUUGGAAAUAACAGCGACAGACUAACGGUUAAGAUGGGACUGCGUCUAUCACAGCUCAUUGAUGUGAACCUCAAGAAUCAGAUUAUGACGACGAACGUAUGGGUUGAACAGGAAUGGAACGACUACAAGCUCAGGUGGGAUCCUGAAGAGUACGGCGGAGUCUCAAAAGUUCACGUCCCCGCCGAGCAGAUAUGGCUGCCAGACAUUGUGCUUUACAACAAUGCAGACGGCAACUACGAGGUGACCAUCAUGACAAAGGCCAUUUUACAUUCGGACGGCUUGGUCAUAUGGAAACCUCCUGCAAUCUACAAGAGUUCGUGCGAAAUCGACGUGCAGUACUUCCCGUUCGACGAACAGACAUGCUUCAUGAAGUUUGGCUCGUGGACCUAUGACGGAUACACGGUAGACCUGAAACACAUCCACCAACGGGAUGAUUCCAGCGACAUCAAAGUCGGCAUCGACCUUUCGGAAUUCUACCUGAGUGUCGAAUGGGACAUCAUGGCCGUUCCCGCUCGUAGGAAGGAAAAGUUUUACUCCUGCUGCGAGGAGCCUUAUCCUGACAUCACUUUCAACAUCACUCUGAGACGCAAGACUCUCUUCUACACUGUGAAUCUCAUCAUCCCCUGCGUGGCUAUAUCUUUUCUCUCCGUGCUAGUCUUUUAUCUUCCUUCCGAUUCGGGAGAGAAAGUUUCCCUUUCCAUCUCCAUCAUGCUCUCAUUGGGUGUGUUCUUCUUACUUCUCUCGGAAAUCAUCCCACCGACAUCUCUGGCUGUGCCUUUGCUGGGAAAAUACCUCCUCUUCACCAUGGUGUUGGUGUCUCUAUCCGUCUUCGUCACCAUCGCCGUGCUCAACGUCAACUUUCGCUCGCCUGCAACGCACAAGAUGGCGCCCUGGGUGAAGCGAGUUUUUCUACAGGUGCUCCCCGCCAUAUUGAUGAUGAAGCGUCCCGAAGAAGAUGAAGACGACGAGGGAAGUGCCAAAGGAAGCUUCGAGCCACAGGACAUUCCUCCGUGUUCAUUCCAUGGCAGUGCUUUCGCUUCUCUGGGAGCUCCCGAUGAGAUGCUCAGUAAUUCCCCCGACGUCAGUCCUGCUGGUGCCGGGGGUCCCAAUGAUACGGCCCCAAUGGACGUGGAACGAUCCGUGCUCAACGUCCGCUUCAUAGCCCAGCACAUGGAAAAUGCGGAUCGCUUCGAUAAGAUCAACGAAGAUUGGCGCUAUGUGGCUAUGGUCCUGGAUCGGCUCUUUCUGUGGCUCUUCACCAUCGCGUGCGUCGUGGGAUCUGCCUGCAUCAUCCUCGAAGCCCCUUCACUAUUUGACGACAAACUUCCUAUAGAUGUGCUCAUGUCCAAAGUGGCUCCUCGUCUUCGACGAAUACAAAACUGAUUUGCACUCUGGGGCUGAAUACUAUAUACUUGACUCCGAUGGGGAGAAUGUGUGUCCUCUAUCCCAUUGAAAAGCCUUUUUGUUUUGUUUUGUUUUGGGUCGUCUAGAAAAAGUACACAAUGUGUUAAAAAAUGUUUCUUCCAACGACCUAUUUUUUGCGCAGCCUAAAAUAUAGGCGAGCUCUGUCAGUAAAAGAGGUAAUUGGAUACGAUCA